AUGGAAUUAGUGCCUGUAUUGAAGAAGACUCCCAGUCAUCAAUCAUCGUCUCUAAGUGUUCUAGAACGCUUUCUAUAUGACUUGAAGCGCUUUGUAGCCAAUCAACCGGAUAGUACUAGACUAUAUAGUAGUAUUCAAUCCAGUGGAAUAAUCGAAGCCUUCAAUACUACUAAGGGUCCAAGUCAAAGAGGAGUAAGAGUCACGCGAGAUAUCGAAACUUAUAAAACCAUAUUUACAUUCUGUCCUAUAUCUAAAGUGUAUGAUAGUGAAAGAAGAAGAAAUGGCUGUCAAUUUAAAUUUACUGACAGAAUGCUUAAUGUUAGUGGAAUGUUUGAAUAUCAACAAUUAAUCUUAGAUACAAUCAUUCAGAAUGAUCCUCUGGCAUCGUCACAUGCGCUUAACAAUGAAAUAUUCAUAAUAAUCCUUAGAAUCUUUAUAAAUUGUUUGAUUAAUCCUGAUUAUUAUAAACAAAUUAUGAGUCUUACUAGUCAUAAACAUGAAAUUAAUACGACUAAAACUUAUGAACAAAUGUCGGGGAUUUGUACGUAUUUAUCUGAAACUAUUAGAUUAAUAAUUCCGAUCUAUUUUGAAAGUGUAGCGGAUGAAUUAAUUGAUAGAAUCUUUAAUUUAGGAUGUAUUUGUUGUGUUAAUUUCAAUUUACUUAUUAAUCGAUUACAUGAACCAAUUGGAAUAUGUUUAGAUCCUACUUUUUCUUUAAUUAAUCAUAGCUGUUUACCUAAUACGGUGGCAGUAUCAGAUGAUAGAGAUCAAAUGCUUAGUUUAGUUUGUAUUAGUGAUUUGAAAUCGGGUCAAGAAAUUACAACUAAUUACUGUUUUACAUCAAUUCCUAAACAAUUACGACAAUUAGAUUUAAAGAAUCGAUUCUUUUUUGAUUGUAAAUGUCCUUUAUGUAAGAAGAGAAAGUAUGAUUGGUUCUUUUCGUAUUGUUGUCCGUAUUGUGAAGUAUAUAUUCAAUGUUUAAAUUUUUCAAAUUGUUUUGAUCAAAGUGAAAAUGAAAGUGAUCAACUUUAUGGAUGCAAAUCAUGUGGAGCAAUCAUCCCCACACCAAUUUAUAAUGAAAGUAAAUUAUUACAUCAAUUAUUAUUAGCCAUGUUAUUAACUACUGAUGAUCCGGAAAUAGAAAUAACUUCAAUUGAUCAAUUUAAAGAAAUUAUGUUACCCUUUCUACAAGAAAUUAGACGUUUGGCAGUGUCUGAACAUCAAUUAUCGGAAUUAUUUUUAGAAAAAGUUCAUGGAUUUGAAAUUAAUCCUCAACGAGUUCCUAUAAUUUAUUCUAUUAUUGAAAUAUUAAUUAAACAAGGAAUUGUCCCAAGUUUUUGUUUCCCAAUAAGUAUAUUUAUAACUAAUCUUUCAGCUAAUCAAUUUCCUUAUCCAAUUGGUAUAAAAUCGAUUAAUGGAAAGGAAAUUUAUACAAGAUCUUUUCAUUUAAAACUUGAAUUACAAAGAAUUUUCUUAGUUUCAAUACCUGGUGAUAUAACAAAACUGAUGAAUAUUGGUAAUUCAUUAUUUAUGAAACUUGGUCAUGCUACUAUGAAUGUAUUAGUUGCUAUAUUUAUUAAUAAAGAUAGAGAGAAAGAGAAAGAAAUUCCCAAGAUUUUAAAAGAUUGGAUUCCUAAUACUAAUCUUCUCUAUAGUACUCUUAUUAGAUGUUCACUAUUCUUUUAUUUACAAGCUAUUGAAACGUAUGCUAUAUAUUCUGAAAGAACAGUUGAUGAAAUGAUUGGAGCUAUAAAACAAUUGAAAGUACUUAAUAAACUUGCUUGUAAUCCAUUACCAUGGAUUCCAAGGCUCUAUGAAGAAGAAAUGUUCUUUAAUUCUUUAUUAAAAUUAUUCAAUUUUGCCAAUAUUCAUCACAAGUUUUAUUUUGAAAAGUUUUCUAUUAAACUUUGUCUUGCCGAUGGGCAAAGAGCCGUAUUAUUUUCUCCUAUUAAUCAAUUAUACAGUAAGUAUAUUGAGGAGAUUCAGUAG